AAAAACGCACUUUACUUUAUUUAUCUAUUGGUCCUUGCGUUUUUCUGCCAAGAAAAGGAAAAAAUAAAAAAGAAAAGAAAAAGAAAAAGAAAGAAAUAAAGAAAAACCCCAAUCUUCUGAUUCCAUCGGAAACCACCGUGUAGCCUCAAAUCGGGUUCGAUUGGAGCGUUUUUAGGGCUUCGAUGGAGUGAAGUCGACGAGAGUGGCGUGAGUCUGUGGAAGAUCAGGAGAAAAAGACGCAGGUACCGCACCACCAAUGGCAACUGUCGAUAGAGAAUUGGAAGAAGAGCUUCUUGAUGCCGGUAACAAGCUCGUAGAUCCUCCGUCGUCGGUGGAGGAGCUUCUCUCACUGCUAGACCAAGUUGAGAAUUGCCUAUCAAGGGUUGAACAAUCACCUACCAACUCUAUGCAAAAUGCACUCUCUCCAUCAUUGAAAGCAUUGAUUGCAGAUAAACUUUUAAAGCAUUCAGAUGGUAAUGUCAAAGUUGCAGUUGCUUCUUGCAUCAGUGAAAUAACAAGAAUCACUGCGCCUGAUGCUCCUUAUGAGGAUGAUCAAAUGAAGGAAGUCUUUCAAUUAAUAGUGUCUUCAUUUGAAAAUCUACAUGAUAAGUUAAGCCGAUCUUAUAGAAAGAUAACAUCAAUUCUUGAAACUACCGCAAAAGUAAGAUCUUGUGUCGUAAUGCUGGACCUUGAAUGUGAUGCCCUGAUUUUGGAGAUGUUUCAGCAUUUCUUGAAGGCAACAAGAGAGCAUCAUCCCGAAAAUGUUUUUUCAUCCAUGGAAACAAUUAUGGCCCUUGUUCUAGAGGAAAGUGAAGAUAUAUCUUUAGAUCUGCUUUCUCCACUCCUGGCCAGCAUUAAGAAAGACAAUGAGGAAGUUUCUUUGAUUGCCCGAAAAUUGGUAGAGAGGGUACUUGAAAGUUGUGCAACCAAGCUUAAACCCUACUUGAUUCAAGCAGUGAAAAUCUUGAGUAUAUCUUUGGAUGAUUAUAGUGUGGUACUUGCUUCAAUAUGCCAAGAUACAUCUGAUGGCUUGGAGAAAAAUGAUGCAUGGUUUACUAGUGAGCAUGUGGAAGAUAAGAAUAUGUCAAAAAAACAAUCACUGGAGGAGUCAGCACAGGUGGUUGAAAAAGAUUCAAGGGAAGCUACAUCUUCUGAACAAGAUAAUCCUGAUGCAAACAGAUCCCCCAAGUCAGUUAUGAGCAAUGGUGUUGCAUGUGUUGGAGAAGAUUAUGAUUUAGGUGAUUCCAAGUCCACUAAAAAGCAAGAGGAUGUUGAUUGUUCUAAUCAUUCUGAAGGUUUGAAUACAUCUUGUCAUGGGGUGCCCAAUGAUAUGGACACUGAAAAAGUUGACAAUCGUCAACAAAAGCCAGAACAAGACACGAAGAGGCGAGGAAGGAAAUCAAGCUCUUCAACUAAAUCAGCAAAACCUUCUAGGGCUCAUGUUGCUACUAAUGAAAAUGAAGCUGAUAAAAUGAUGGACUCUGAAAGCCACAGCAAGGAAGUUCCCAGUUCUGCUCAUGUGGACUAUUCUGUUGAAGCACCUGGACCUUCAGAGAAUGACAAAGAGAUUGAUGCUAAAAUUUCAUCACAAAAAGCAUGUGACAAUGAAUCUGAAGUUGCUUCUCCUUCACCCGUGGAGAGCCUCCAUGAUGAAAAUCAUGCAAAGAAACAUGGACGAGCAAAAAUUAAAGACGGCCCUUCAAAAGAAGUGGCUGCAGAGAAUGUUUCAAAAAAGGUGUCUGAAGGAGCUAGUGAUUCAGAAGCCAAACCUGCCAGAAAGUCAGUGAAAAGGGCACUUGGUCUGAACUCUGAUGUGAAAAAAACUACUGCAGCAGAUUCAGUAAAGAAAGGAAGUGGAGCUGCAAUUGGUGCCAAUGCUAAGAAGCACUCAGGCAAUAAAUUAGAUGAAAACAAAAAGGGUGGUGGCGGCGGAUCCUCUUCAAGGCAGAUAGAAAACAAGAAAAAAGGGGGGCGAGGGAAGGCAAACUCUGAAACAGAUGUAGCAAAAUCUUCUGCCAUAGAUGUGGACAAGGAAAUGGUGUCUUCUCCAAGGUCUGGUACAAAGUUGACUAAAGAUGAAAAUUCAGAGACUCCCAAGACAAAUGUGAAAAGGAAACGCACUUUAGGAAAAGAAAAUGAGUCUGAUAUGAAAGAGUAUGGGGAAAACCUUGUUGGUUUACGGAUCAAAGUUUGGUGGCCUAAGGAUCGUGAGUUUUACAAAGGUGUCGUUGAUUCUUUUGAUUCUGCCAAAAAGAAGCACAAGGUCUUCUAUGAUGAUGGUGAUAAAGAAGUAUUAAAUCUUGUGAAGGAAAAAUGGAAGUUCAUUAAAGCUGACUUGGAUGCAGAUGAGGAAGAAGGAAGUAACCGUGCAAGUCUUGAUCCUUCCACUGAUAUGCCGCCUAAGAAGAAGGGAAAAACAAGUGCUGGAGAAUCAACCAAGCAAGGAAAGAUGGAUGCUUCUUCCAGAAGUGGUGGAGCAGUAGCAUCCAGUAGGUCAAAGGGUGUCUCCAUGAAGUCUACCCACAAGUCCAAAGAUGGCAACAAAUCCAAAGAUUCUAAGACUACUAGCAAAUCUGAGGAUGAAGCUACUCGAAGAUCUAAGGACGGAACUCCUAAAAGUGGUAACAGUAAAUCUACUGUUGCUGCUAAAAAAGUGAGGGGCAAGUCCAAUACUUCCAAGGCGAGCAAAUCAAAGGAUGAGAUUAGUACUCCAAAACACUCUGCCAAGUCUAAGCAAGUGACUCCAAAAAAUGGAAAAUCCAAGCAAGAAACCCCAAAGACUGCUACUUCCAAGGGAAAACCUCCCAAAAGUGGUGGAAAGUCUGAUAUUAACGGUACUGGCAAGGUGAAAUCUGGUUUAUUGAAAAGAAAAGAUUCCGAGAAUGAGAACUCAGAUGUUUCAGCAAGAGAAGUAGAUAAGGGCAAGACUUCAAGUUCAUUGAAGGCACAAGGAAGUGAGGCCAAGAGUGGAAAGAAGCGUAAGAGAAGCUAGACUUCGGUGUCUAUUAUUGCUGUUUAUUCUUAAACUGCGUGCUUGUCUUCUGCUUAUCAGUGUACUCUUCCUCAGCAUUUUAAUGUCUUUCUCUGGCCCGAGUCAUCAAAUGAAUUUAUCAGGUACUGUUCAUUAAUUGAGGUAAUUAUCUCGUUGUUGCGAGCAUUGUAUUAUCUUAGGUUUAUUAGUUAGGUUAGUUUAGUUGUAGCAUGGGUUAGUAUCUGUAGUUACUUCCAUUGUUUCUAGACUAGAUGGAUGUUAUUUGAAGGCAACACCUGAAAAUAUUUGGCUAGCAACCUUCAUUGCAAGUAUGUUUUUUGCACUCACCGAUGCGAACAGUUGGACUUUCCCUGUUAACUUUUUACGUUGCUGGGUCUUUGAGCCGUGGUUUAUUGGGGACAAUACGUAGCACGUACAGCACACUUGGUGUGGGGAAAGUUAUUAAAGCUGGCCAGCUGGGGGCUCUAAAGUGGAGAAUAUAACCCGUUAUUUGUACGGUUUUUUCAAUCUGCUUUUUCAGGGUUCAAUAUUAGCCACUAUACGCUAUAUUACUUUCCUGAUAACCUCUAGUCUUUGUAGAUUGUUAAUGUUUUCCAACAUCACAGAGAUUGGAUAUGAUUAUCGAUAACACCCUAAGGUGGAAACGUUCUAAUAUACCUGGAGUUAAAAUAUCCUUUGAGACGUUAAGUUUGAUUGCAUUUCUACGCAUUAUGAGAAAACAACUGUCU